GCCCAUGAAACUUUAAAGUCUCCGGAAACUAGGAAGCGUGCGGAGUUUGCGGGUCACCUUAAGAAGAUGCCACGCCGCAGAAGUCCGACAACGCCGUGCAUCGUCCGGGAGACUGUUAGCGCCUAUAAUAAAAACGGGCAAAAUCCCCAUCGUUUAGAUCUCCAGAACGAGUGCACGGUCCAGGCUCUUGUGCAGUCCAGAUGGAUGGAUGCGAGAGCGCAGUGUGAUCCGUGUAUAGUGGAGCUCCGGCUUCCUGGGAUAAGUGGCUACAUCGACCACGAUCCGGGCGCCAUAGACAGGGCUCAGAGGAGGCGUCGCUUGGCCGCCAAUGCCAGGGAGAGGAGGAGGAUGCUUGGGCUUAAUGUGGCGUUUGACCGAUUGAGGAGCGUCAUCCCGACCCUGGAGAGCGAGAAGAAGCUGUCGAAGUCAGAGACGCUGCAAAUGGCGCAAAUCUACAUCUCCACCCUCAGCGAGCUCUUACAGGACAGGGGCUGCGGCCCAGACAUCAAUCAGCAGAGAGCCAGGAAAAGUGCGUUUUCCGAAGACCUGCGUGGGAAACACCCGGAAAAGGAGGUGAAUGUGGAGGUGCCAGGAACGUUUAAUAGUGGCAAGACCGACAGCGUUACGGACAGGACGGAGCAGCCGAGCGGCGAUCUCCUGAAAACGGAGUUAAAAGACUUAAUAAGCCUCUGGGAAAGACCCAGCGGCACCAAAUGAGAAAAGACACGCCGGUAUUUCACUUUUGGAAGUGAAGCCUUUGUAUAUAUACACACACACACACACGUGUUUGAAAUUCUUGAGAUUUUUUAAAUUGCCAUUUUUAUAUAACAUAGUGAAUCAAAUGUAGUGAUUGACAAUGUAUUUAAUAAAACAUACUGCGGUCCUCUGCUGG